CAGGGUUUCUUUAUCGAAACACUCGCUUGAAAUACAACUCGACUCCCGUUUUUCUAUUAUUUUAAUGAACAGACCAUAUUUAGCAAUAAAACUGACGUGAUGAUAUUUGGAAACAAAACAUUUGGAUUACUAAAAAUUGGAUUACUAGACAUUUUUCAUAGAAAGGAGCUACAAGGGUAGUGGGAGACCGAAGGAAAAGAGACACGGAUAAAUAUGGAAGCAGUUCUAAAAUAUCUUUGGCUGUUUCUGACCUCAUUUUGGAUAUACGGACUCGUAGAGGGACAAUCAAUAGAUAAUAAUCUUGAAGGAAUCGGAGCAUUUAUGGAUCCAUGUAGAGGGCUAAAAUGUCAAAACUUUGGUCGGUGUGAAGCAAGAAAUAGUAGACCAGUGUGUGUGUGUCCGCACCACACAAGAGGAAGCCGAUGUGAAGAUAAAGUUCCAGACUUAUGUUCUAAGUGUUGGCCACCAGGUACCAAAAUUUGUAAUGCACGAGAUGGAUUUUGUGAGUGCAAGGCAUACUACUAUGGACGCACUUGUCAAUCAGUCAAUUCAGUUUAUUCCCGAGGAUUCUUCAAACAGGCACUGGAUGACGAGAUUCUGCGCAAGAAGAAACAGGCUUCAUCGUUCCUCGAACGUGUUCGUCAAAGUUCAUUAAGAAAAAUCCCUGGUGAUGAGGCACUUAAUGUACCUGCGCAACUAGACGGAAAUUUAAAAAAGGACAAGGAUAACAAGCAAAAGGCCAUACGAAAAGUAAUAAGAAAGAUGAUGAAAGAAAGACUGAAAAAAGCAUUAUUGCCAAAAAAUUGACUUUAAAACCUCAAGAUAUUAUCUCAUAAAAGUGCAAUUAAUCGGUACAUAAUUUAUUUAAUAUGUAUAUGGAUAAAUGGAUGAAUGUAGAUUAAAGGAUAUGUAGGGACUUGUAUUAACAUCUAUAUGUAUUGUGAUUAUUUAUGUAUAUGUACAGAGUAUUGUUCUGUUAAUGAAAUUGUUAUGUAUUAUAAACGUAGACUGAAUAAAUUAGACCUAAUCAAAA